CCGGAAGUCCUUUGCAUUGGACAGACUAAGGUCGCUUUUAACAGCAGCAGUAGCAGCACUGUACACGGAGUAAACCACACAACAAAAUGCUGGGACAAGCUGUAAGGCGAUUUGCCACAUCUGCUGUUCGUUCCUCACACUAUGCCGAAGGACCAGGGAAGAACCUGCCCUUCUCUGUGGAGAACAAGUGGCGUCUGUUGGGCAUGAUGGUGCUGUUCUUUGGCAGCGGAUUUGCAUUCCCCUUCAUCGUCGUCAGACAUCAGAUCCUGAAGAAGUGAAAUGGCCCAGUGUUGCUACCGAGCCUCCCAGGUUGUCAGCUGGAACAUAUUUAUCCAUCUGUGUUCAAGAAAAAUGGGAAUCGCUUAACUUUGUUUGUAAAUAAAGGUCCAUUAAAUAUGAA